GUUCGGUGCGUAAGGCGCGCUAACGCGCGGCGCUCCUUCGCUCUCGCUGCGUAGCGCCGGUGCCUCGUGAGCCGCUCCACCGCCGGCGCCCGCUCGCGGCCUGCCUCUGCCUCGGCCCAGCAAGCGAGCAUUCCGGUGUGCCUGGCGGUGCAGAGCGCUCCAAGUGCAGGCGGGGUGCACCACACGAGCAUUGCCCGCACGGGUCCGGCACCGGUGCGCGUUGUGCUCAAAAGGCAGCGCUCCCCACGGGGACAGCGCCCACUCGCCACAACCCCACCCCCUUCUCCCUCAACACCCCACCCCGCACCGCUCCAACAAUGGCAGGCGGCGCAGUCAUCUCGUCCGGCCCCGUCGCCGGCGACAAGAAUGUCCUCUCCAAGGCGAACCGCCGUCCCAUGAUCUACUGCGCCAUCGCAGUCAUGGGCGCCGUGCUUUACGGCUACGACGGCACCUACUUCGCCGGCAUCCUCGAGAUGGAGCGCUUCCGCCGUGACUACGGCGCACUGCGCGAGCGGCCAAACGGCUCCAUCGGCUACGACAUUACCAGUGGCGAGCGUUCGCUGCUCGCCUCCAUCGUGCAGGCCGGCGAGCUCGUCGGUGCGCUCACGAGCGCCUUCAUCGGCGACUACUUUGGCCGCAAGGGCGGCUUCGCCGGCGCCGGCGCGCUCGUCAUGAUCGGCACGGCCAUCCAGAUGGCGCCCGGCAGCCUCGGUGCGCUGGCCGGCGGCCGUGCGAUCCUCGGCAUGGGCGUCGGUGUCAUCUCCGCCACGUGCACGCCCUACCUCUCCGAAGUGGCGCCUUCCGCGAUCCGUGGCCCCGUCGUCUCGAGCUGGCAGCUACUGCUGGCCAUCGGCCAGGUCAUCGGCAACGGCGUGGCGCAGGGCACGCGCAACCUCGACUCCACCUGGGCAUACGGCAUCCCGAUCAUCCUCAACCUCGCCAUCGCCGGCAUCAUGGUCGCCGGCGUGCUGCUGCUCUGCCCCGAGAGCCCGCGCUGGCUGAUGAGCAAGGGCCGCGACGAGCAGGCCAUUGCCAGUCUGCGCAAGAUCAACGCCGGCCAGGAGGACCCCAACGAGGUCGUCGACCUUGAGUUCAAGUCCUUUGCCCAGGCGCGCGACGACGAGCUUGCCACGCAGGGCGAGGGCGGCUGGAAGGCGCUCUUCGCCACCAAGCAGGAUCGUCGCCGCCUUCUCAUGGUCUUUGGUGUGCUCGUCAGCCAGCAGAUUGGUGGCGUGCAGUUCAUCUUCAGCUACGCGACGACGUUCUUCGCUGCCAUCGGAAUCGACGCAAGCUUCACCAUUUCGAUGGUCGUGGCCGUUGUCGAGGUCGUCGGUGUGCUCGUUUCUUUCCUGCUCGUCAACCGCUUCGGCCGCCGCCCGCUGCUGCUCUGGACCUCGGUGCCCAUGAUCCUCAACCUCUUCAUCUGCGGCAUCCUCGGCUCUAUCGACCCCAACAACGAGAACGCAGCCAUUGGCAAGGCGAUUGCAGCUCAAAUCAUCCUGUUUGUCUUCUUCUUCAACCUCGCCUGGGGCCCGCUCGCCUGGGUUUGCGCCUCCGAGCUCUCGUCGGGCGGCCAGAAGACGCGCGUGAUGGCCGUCGGCACCGCCGGCUUCUGGAUCAUCGCCUUCCUCGUCACCUUCACGCUGCCGUACCUCUUCGACGACGCCCAGGCCGGCCUCGGCCCGCAGGUCGGCUACAUCUACGGCGCCCUCAACGCGGUCGCCAUGGCAUUCGUGUACUUCUUCAUCCCCGAGACCCUCGGCCGGUCUCUUGAGGAGAUCCAAGUUCUCAUCACACUCAAUGUCCCGACACGCCAAUGGAGAGCGAGCACAACAAGAAGGCCCACGCUACGAAGCUUGCGAUGGAGGACGCCUAAACUGCGCACCUCUCCGUCCUUAGCCAAAAUCUAGCGCCUCUACUACGCUGUUCCACCUCGGCCCCUUUGCUGCCCUGCUCUGCCCGCCGCCGCUCUGCUCCCCUCUCUCGCCUCCAACCCCCCAUACCUCCGGUCCAGGCUCUGCCUGCGACGCGCUUGCAUGUUCGCGACCCUACAUUGACCUUACGGCUGCGGUGCUCACUCACGAGCCACCGAAUGAGACGUGUGUACCAACUCUUGCU